AUGGAUCCCCUGGCAUCUAAGCAGCACCAUCACUCCCUCUCCAACGUCGAUGAAGACUACUUUUAUAGCCUUCCAUCAUCCCAACUCACAAGUAGGCAUGCAAGCGCCGUCGCGUUCCACAACACCGGCAGUCCAUCGCCCAGCCCCCAGCUGAUGAGUCUUCAAUCAGCCCUGGACUCUGCGAAGCUUCCCGUCGGCGACAAUGAUCCGCCCCUUCUCUUGCCCGUGAGAAGAACCUCCAGCGGGGUGAGAUGGUUGAUCCCAUUUCGCCAGAUCAAACCUGAAAAGUACAACUUCGAUCUGACAACAAGUCCGGAUCAACCAAGUAGAAAACGUUCGGCAUCUGUAAGGAGUGUCACGCACCCGGAUUUCUUGCAAUUCUCAGCCAGUGCCAUGGACCUCGAAGAGCCCUUGGCUAUUGAGCAACUCGUAGCUCCUCCGGCGCUACCUGUCACGACAAAGCGUUGGAGCUCUACUGGUAUUGGUGAUCGGCGGAGCUCUUCAAUGUACGCAAUAAGAGCAGCAAGUGUUGUGGAGCCUUGCGUCGAAGAGCCUAUUAUCACGCAACAGGGGAUUGAAGGUAUCGUCGCCAGCAUCCGAGCGUAUUUAUCUGACCGGCGUCACGAUAGCUGUUCCUACCAUUGGGUACAAAAUCAGAGCCAUCCGGCACAGGGGAGCUAUCGCAGUUCACGGACACAAAACGAAAACCGAUCGUCACACGGCGGUCUUGGUGAAUUCCUUGUAUCUACGAGUGACAUUGCAGGAAUACUGGAGAUUGUGAUUACUGGUCUUCGGCAUCUCCAUGAAGAAUAUGUGCCGACUGGCUGCAGUUCGGUACUUUUACCGCGUGACCUCAACGCCAGGCCUACUACAAAUCCUGACAAGAUCAUGCUUCCAGCACCUUGUUUAGCUGAUCCAGCAACAACGAUUAGCUCUGUCCAGCCCUUGUUCUCCGCUCUGGAGGCUCAAACUUUUGGCGCCAAGACUCAAUGUACCAAGGCUACUAUUGUCUCCAGGCAAAGUGUUACGAAGGUGAGCUGGGAGACCACCUCUGGGACGGCGGCAAACCAGGUGUCUCCCAUGAUCCAUGACACGCUACAGGCGAACCCAAAGAACGCACGGAUAGACUCGGCAAGUAGCACGGCACAGUCUAGCCUAAAGUCCACAUUCACAACCUUACGUGGACGUGCAAGCUCUCAAGGGCAGUUUGGGGGUUCAUGUGUAGGCAGCUGCGGAGAAAACAUACCUCCCAACUCCGUUAGUGAAACGCAUGUGUCAUUCCCAGCCCUUCCAUCACGCCACUGCACCAAUGAGUGGAUAUCACCUCUCGGAGUUGACGAAGAAGAGUUGUAUAAGCACAGAGAUGUCGUAGCAUCGCUAUAUCAGUACGGAAUUGAUGCUCAUACCGGAGUGUGCUCGCCUCCGCUUGACCUGCAGACUCUUGAGUCAAAUAUGCAGGCUGGCAAUAACCUAGUAGCAGAAACAUCGAUGUUACGAACAGUCGAGCUCCGGGGAUCUGUAGGCAUACUGGAGCAAGAAGGCCAGCCAAGUGGGAGUCCAAUACAAAAACAUCAAGGUAGCUCACAAGGCACAGAGCUCCGUGACAGCCAGUCGUAUCUACCCUUGAUGGAUAGACUGCGUCGAUACAGCUUUAUUCCUUUGGAGGAUCAUACACCUGAGAUCAUUCGUCAGGCAACAUAUCGGCAGAAGACGUCACAACAAGAGGAGCUGCCGCUCCAAGGUCAGCGGAAGCGCUCAAGUAAAGAGCUGCUAGAGGACAUCCUCGCACGUUCUCUAACUGUGUCAGCAAAAACGACCGUUAGCGCUAUAUCCGGACGCGCAGCGUCACGAAAGUCAUCAACGCAGGCAGUCAAACGGGGUCGCGUAUCUUGCUCGGAGGAUCAUGCACCACACAUGUGCCUAGAUGAACAAAUGACACCGACACCAAGUGCUACUCCAGCCUCUGAUUGGAAUGAGCAGGUUAGGUAG